UUGCUUCAAGUGUGGAUAAAGGUAGAGGAGUUAGCGCUUUAUUCCUUUCUGUCCUCCGAAAUUGACAGAAAGAACAAUCAGCAUAGACAUUAUAAGACAUCGAAUCACCGUAAAGAAAACCAGUGAGCAAAACAGAGAGACCAUCUCUCUCUCUUCCAACUCCUGUAAGAACAAUGUACGGUAAAGCCGCAAUCUGUUUAACAUUCGUGAUUCUGUUCCUCGUUUCAUGUUCAAUCUACGUUGGGACCGUUGAUCUCAGAUCAUACUUCUUCCCCUUACUACAGUCACCCCCUGUUCUACGCUCACUUUGUGCUACCGGCCGCCCCCUCCGCGUUUACAUGUACGAUCUCCCUCGGAAAUUCCACGUCGGCAUGCUGGAUCGCCGGAGCUCCGAGGAAGCGGCUCCUGUGACCAUGGAGAAUUUGCCGCCGUGGCCCUCGAAUUCGGGGAUAAAGAGGCAGCACAGCGUGGAGUAUUGGCUGAUGGCAUCGCUCCUUUACGACGGCCAAGAUGAAGAUGGGAGGGAGGCCGUUAGGGUUUCGGAUCCCGAAAAGGCUGACGCUUUUUUUGUGCCAUUUUUUUCUUCGUUGAGUUUUAAUACACACGGGCAUAAUAUGACGGAUCCUGAGACGGAGAUCGAUCGCCAAUUACAGGUUGAGUUACUCGAAUUCUUGCAGCAAUCCAAGUACUAUCAAAGGUCUGGAGGCAGAGACCAUGUAAUUCCCAUGACACAUCCAAAUGCUUUCAGAUUUCUUCGCGAGCAAUUGAAUGCAUCUAUUCUUAUUGUCGUAGAUUUUGGCCGCUAUCCUAAAACCAUGUCAAGUCUUAGCAAAGAUGUGGUUGCCCCUUAUGUACACGUUGUGGAUUCCUUCACAGAUGAUGACCCUCUAGACCCAUAUGAGUCUCGAACUACACUUCUUUUCUUCCGGGGGAAUACUGUCAGGAAAGAUGAAGGGAAAAUUCGAGUCAAACUGGCAAAGAUAUUGGCUGGUAGUGAUGAUGUUCAUUAUGAAAAGAGUGUAGCAACUCCAAAAAACAUUAAAAUGUCUACAGAAGGGAUGCGUUCAUCGAAGUUCUGUCUGCAUCCUGCUGGGGACACACCUUCAUCUUGCCGACUAUUUGAUGCUAUUGUGAGCCAUUGUGUUCCUGUGAUUGUCAGUGACAAAAUUGAGCUUCCCUAUGAGGAUGAAAUUGACUACACUGAAUUCUCAAUUUUCUUCUCUAUGAAAGAGGCGUUAGAACCAGGUUAUUUGGUCAAUCAUCUGCGUCAAUUUCCAAAAAAUAGAUGGGUUCAAAUGUGGAAGUUGCUUAAGAAUAUUUCCCGUCACUAUGAGUUCCAGUACCCUCCAAAGAAGGAAGAUGCUGUCAAUAUGUUAUGGAGACAGGUAAAGCACAAGCUUCCAGGUGUCCAACUGGCUGUACAUAGAAGUAGAAGGUUGAAAGUUCCAGAUUGGUGGCGGCGGAAGAGAUGACUUAGAAUCUUGCUUUUGUGACACUGUGCAUCACAAUCUUCCUUCAUUUAUGGUGACACCCCAUGGCUGGGAAGAAGUAAAGGUACUCAGAAGUCACAAUCAAACACCGUGGGCCAGCUUCACUGAGCUCAUGAGUUACAGUUGUGGCUUCAAUUUUUUUUCCCCUGCUAUUUUCCAGCAUUCUGAGUGAGCGAGGAAGUGAAUAUUAAGAUUUAUUCCCAGUUAUUUUUGUCUGGUAACAGGUAAUAAUGUUUUUCCAUCAGUUUAUAGUGCAGAAGUGAUAUAGAUAAUGUAAUGACAUAGGAUUUACACAUGUAGAAACAUUUGAGAGGUUGUUAUGAAUAGGUUCUAAUCUUGCAUUCAAAUCUUGUGUAAGGUUAUUCAAUGAAAGUGAUCAAGCUAAUUCAUUUA